AUGAAGCGUACCUCAGCUUCUUCGCGACCGCGAAGAAGCGGGUUAGCACCUCCUCGGAAGAAGAGCUGUUCUCAGUGCGAAAAGUCGAAAGUGAGAUGUGAUCUCGCAAAGCCCACUUGCUCACGCUGCAAGACUCGGAAAACAAAUUGCCAGUAUCCUGCUGUUGUUGGACCAAAACAUCAUGCAUAUUCCCACCCUGAUGUUUUAUCGAGUAUCCCAGUCACAGAGGAUAUUCCGUCUGUCUCAGCCGAGAUUGGAUCCGCAGGUGAAACAUUUAAGAUCCCAGCGAUCUGUUUGACCAAACCGGACAUGUCAACAGACAUGGAUUUUGAACAUCUGGACCUGGUUCCAAUGGCAAACGCAGACGAAAUUCUUGAUCGCUGGACGCGUCCUUACCUGAACAUGUCGACAGCCUCAGUACCCAAAGCUUUCCCGCCUUACACCAUCCAAUACAUUACUCGUAUCCUGAAAUCCUACGUCUCCAAGCUAAAUUCAUCCGCGGUACCUCCAUUCAUUCACCACCAGCAGGUGACAGGCAAUGUUCCGCCAAUAUUAGCCAAUUGCUUCAGCCUCGUCCGCUCCUGGCUAAAUCGAAUGCCGGGAAAUGAGAAGAUAAUCCAGAGACAAAUAUUGCGGGAGAUGAGGAAGAUCUAUGAUCAGGGACCACAAUCCUGUGAAAUCGAUCGCCUGUGCGCUUUUCAAGCGUAUUUGAUUUACAUGAUGGCAAUCUUUUCCUCUUCCUUCGAGGAAGGCGCUCUCGAGGAUGACACUGAACUUGAAUCCCACAUCAGACUCCAGGGGAUAGGGUUUUAUUGUGCGAAAACUGGUAUCACAUCGGAAGCUGAAGAGUUAAACAAUCGACCCAAGUGGGAAUCCUAUAUCAUCACCUCCGCCAAGCGCCGGACCCUCUUCACCAUGUAUCUCUUAAGCAGCGUCUACAAUUUCAAAAUGGGCUUACCAAACUUCGUGGCGGAAGAAUUGCGAGGCGCAUUUCUCCCGGAUGGUUCCCGUUUAUGGGGGCAACACAAUCGCGCAGCCUGGGAACAAGCAUACCAUGCCCAUUUGAGUCGGUGGCCAGAUGGCAAGCUUGAGAUUUCCGAGCUCUGGCGUGAUUCCGAGACUGGCUCAGCGGCCCGGCAGGAGAGAAUCGAACGGUGGCUAGAGUUUGCAGAUGAGUUUGGGACGGCGCUCUUUGCUGUUUGCGCGCAUAUCCACGGGUGCUAGGUUAAUGGUUGAGUGUUGCUUGAGGCGGCAGAUUGUCGAAAUUCGCUUUGCGGACUUCAAGUCGGCUGCUACUAGCUACC